AUGCCCAAGAGGAAAUCCUCCUGGAGCAAGGUGGCCUUCUCUCCUCAGCUGUGCUGCUACCGGAAGUCUUGCACAAACACCGCUCAAGAGGUGAGGAAGUCCUGCAGCUCCUCAUGCUUCUCAGGGAUCCGGAUUGGGGAUCAGCAUGUGCGUGUAAUUCAAGAGGAGCUUCCUCGGAAGGCGGAGGUCACCCUCCGGCGUGCCACCGGCUCUGCCUCCUUCCUGCUGAACCUGAUCCCUGCCUGGACGAGCCCUCCAGCCAGCAGCACCCCUGGGGCUCGGAGCGGAGCGGGAUGCGGCGCCCUCCCUCCCUCCCUCCUCCCGCCCGCCGGCAGCAUGAGCCCGUCCUUCCUCCUCCUCCUCCUCCUCCUCGCCUUGCCCGCCCGCGCCCGGCGAGAGCAGGUGCCCGGCGGGGCGCAGCGGGGCCGCAACGCCCCCGCGUCUUCCUCCUCCUCCUCUUCCUCCUCCCCGGCGGCGGGGCCGAGCCGCUUCCCGCGGAGCCGCCCGGAUCGGCGGCGGGGCCGGCUGUACUGCCGGGUGGGCAUCGGCUUCCACCUCCAGCUGCACCCCGACGGCCGCGUGGACGGCGCCCACGACGCGAGUCCGCUCAGUAUUUUGGAAAUAUUUGCUGUGUCUCAGGGGAUUGUAGGAAUACGAGGAGUUUUCAGCAACAAAUUUUUAGCGAUGUCAAAAAAAGGAAAACUCCAUGCAAGUGCUCGCUUCACUGUGGACUGCCAUUUCCGGGAGCGCUUCCAGGAGAACAGCUACAACACCUACGCCUCGGCCGUGCACCGCAGCCCCCGCUCGGGCCGCCCGUGGUACGUGGCGCUCAACAAGCGCGGCAAAGCCAAGCGCGGCUGCAGCCCCCGCGCCCGGCCCCAGCACGUCUCCACGCACUUCCUGCCCCGCUUCGGGCAGCCGCAGCCCCCCGAGCUCGCCUUCACCGUGGCCCUGCCCGACAAGAAACCCCCGCCGCCCAAGGCCAAGCCCGCCCCGGCCCCGCCGCGCAGGAACCCCGGCCCCGCCAGGUACCGGCUCAAGUUCCGCUUCGGGUAGAGCCGCACCGGGCAGCUCGGGGGGUGACCCCACCGCGGGGACCCGUGUCUCCCUCCGCACAUGGACACCGGGACGCUCCCGGGCGGCCGGGCCGGGAUCGGGGUCGUCUCUUCACCGCACGGACCGGGCGGCAUCCCCGGAGGCGUGCCAAGGAGAAUUUCUGCCAUGAAUUCCUGCUCCUCCUGGGAGCACUGGACGGGACCUUGGGUGAGCGUUCUGUUGUUGGGACCUUGAGUAGGAAGGUACCUCUACAGCGAACAUGUUUGCUUGUUUUCACUAGUGACUCCUUCGACAAUCAUUUUCACACGAGAGAGAUGUUCAGAGCCAAGUGGUUUUGUUUGUUUUUCUCGCAUCUCCUUCUUGCUGCACUUUUUCCUCCGACCAUACCUCAGGCACCGUGCAUCCAGGUCUGUCCCUCUGCCUUCUCUCGGAAGCCAGCUCUUCCCUUUCCACAGGUUAAGCCCAGAGACCAAGCCCUGCGAACUCUGCCGCCUUACCUGUGGUGCGGGGUGCUCUCCAAACCCUUUGUUGGCAAUAAUGGAUGUGUGGAUGUAUUUUGUGGGGGUCGCAGGCUGGGGGAGGGUGGCUGCUUGCAGCCCGCCCCUGGCGGUCUCUCCCGUUCUUCCCUGGACAGCUGGAGGAGUGAGACUCUUCCUGUCUGUCCAAGCACGGAUUGGAUGCCUGCUUUGAAAUACCUCUGCCCCAGUGCUGGGGCAUUCCCGCUCCCUGGAGGAGCCCCCCCGCAGGUAUCCCCACGGGAUAGGGAUGCCUGUGGCCCCCAGGUGCCCACCGGUUUCGUCCAACCUUUUUUGCUGCUGAUUUAUUUUAUCACUCUCAAUACAUUUGCAGAGGUUUUUGUUUUUCAGCGAGCGUGGCGAUGUGGCAAUAAGUGCUGUUACAGCUGCUGGUCCCCUGGGGAGUGUUUCCCCACCCUGGCGGCCCUGAUGUAGAAUUGUUUCUCCAUCGUGGUGGUAGCAGUGCACACAGGAGUUUGCAGUGGAUGUUUAGCCGUGUUGCUGUUCGUGCAGGCACUGGUAGCAUCGAACCUCACCGGUGAAGCCUUAAUAGGAGCCCAGGUGGGCUCAGGUUGGCAGAGCCCCUCAGGACAUGAGCCCUGCCAGCAUCCGGCAGCAAUAAUCAGCCUCCCCUCCACAUCUGAGUGUGGUACAAAUGGCUGUGUCCUUUGGAAUCGUGGUUCUUUGCCUUUGGCAUCCCUCUGGCAGCCCCUGGCCAGACAUGUGUGCUCCAUGGGAC